CUCUCUCUCUCUCUGACACACAUGCAGUGUUUGUAUAGACUGAUAAGCUGAGGGGGGAGAAGGGAGGGAAAACAGCCCAGCUGAAACAGUGAAAACACACACAGGGGUGAGAAAGCCGAUGAUUGUUUUACAGGGAGAGCAGCUAGGUGCUUAAAGACACAGCGGGGGACAAAAAAAGAAGACAGAAGAAAACGUGAGACGUAGAAGGGAGAGACAGAGAGAGAGAGAGAGUGAGUGAGAGAGAGAGAGAGAGAGAGAGAGAGAGAGCACAAAGGAAAUAUAAAGUCUGAGAGACAGGAGAAGACGAACUGUAACAGGUUUUGCUGCUGUGCUGGGAUCAUGUCUCUGAAUGGGAAGGUGGCUCUGGUGACCGGGGGUGCUCAGGGCAUUGGAAGAGCUGUGGUCCAGUCACUACUGCAGAGUUCAGCCAAGGUGGCUAUGGUCGACCUGAACAAGACCUGUGGGGAAGAAUGCAAAGCACAGCUGGACGCCGAGUUUGGAGAGGGCAACUGUACCUUUAUUUCGUGUGAUGUGUCCAAUGGAGAUGCACUGAGAGACGCAUUCCAGAGCACGGUAGACAAGUUUGGUCGUCUGGACAUCGUUAUCAACAACGCCGGCAUCAACAAUGAAAAGAACUGGGAGAAGACCAUACAAGUCAACCUGACCUCUGUAAUUAAAGGGACCUACUUGGCACUGGAACACAUGAGUAAAGAGUACAGCAAGGAAGGAGGCACUAUUAUCAACGUAUCCUCUAUGGCAGCCUUCUUGCAUUCUCCUCAUCAGCCUGUCUACACUGCUACCAAACAUGGGGUCAUUGGCUUCACUAGAGCAAUGGCGGACGCGUCCUCUCAGGGCAACUACGGCGUUCGCAUCAACGCGCUGUGUCCGGCCUUUGUCGACACUCCUCUGCUGCACUCAGUGGAACACGAGGACAACAUGGGCAAGUUUGUCAAGUUCAAGGACGAUUUCAAACGCAGCAUGAGCAAGUUUGGAGUUUUACAGCCAUCAUUGAUAGCAGAGGGCAUGAUGAGGUUGAUCAUGGACACCAGUCUGAAUGGAGCAGUGAUGAAGAUAACUUGCUCCAAGGGAAUCCACUUCCACACCUAUGAACCCAUGUCAGCUUGAGCCGUGACAAACUGGACUCUGUGGUGCUGCUGAGGAAAAUCCUGUCCAACUGACUGCAACACAUCAGAAACUGGUUCAAAACUACUUGUGGCUGUCAUUGAAGUUAAUAUCAGAGCUGGAAAAACUAACCUGAACAUGCCUGAUCAUGUGCAGUAUAUACACCUGUUUCAAAUGAAUGCUAUACAAAUCAUUGUCUCAUUCCCUGUCAAAAUAAUAUACUGUCUGUCUGAUUUUAAUAAUUAUGUUAAUGAAAUAAUGUUUUCAAGUAUCAAAAUUAAUGUAGAAAGUCCAGUGUUUUCACUGCCAGCCAAAAAUUUCAUCCUUUGGCAAACCAUAGUUAUACAAAUGUCAUUUUCAGUUAGGUUUCUAUGUGUUAGAGGACAAUCCUUCCAUCAUCAUCCACCUCAGAUCAGUGAUUAUGCAGUUUCUUUGAUUUAACAGUGUUAUCAUAGCAAAUGUAACAGUUAUUAUUUAACAGCUGGUUUAUAUGAAUUGUCAAAAAAUCAAAUAAAUUUUAGUGAGAUAGUUA